AUGUUGGAAGGAAGAAUGUUUCAAAAUCUACCAUAUUCAUUUCUAAAAAAAGUACCACACGAUCUAAAUGCCACCCUUUUCACGUUUCUUUCGUUCUUCAUCAGCAUGUUGCUGGUGUUCAAGUUCAAAGUUAGAAGAAACAAAUUAAAUCUACCUCCAUCCCCACCUAGAUUGCCAAUAAUUGGCAACUACCUUCAACUAGGAACACUCCCUCAUCGAUCUUUUCAAUCCCUCUCACAAAAGUAUGGUCCUCUAAUCAUGUUGCACCUUGGUCAGCUUCCUGUGUUGGUGGUUUCCUCAGUACAUAUGGCUAAGGAAGUUAUGCAAACACAUGACACUGUUUUUGCGAGCCGACCAUGCAUGACAUCAACAAAAAACUUACUCUAUGGAUGUAAGGACAUUGCGUUUGCAUCUUAUGGUGAUACAUGGAGACAGAAGAGGAAACUGUGUGUGAUUGAAUUGUUGAGUCAGAAAAGGGUGCAAUCAAUACAGUUUAUUAGAGAAGAGGAAGCUGCAUCAUUGGUUGAUAAGAUACGUAAAGCUAUGAGUUUGAGUAAUGGUUGUUACGGUGUGAACCUUGGCGAGAUGUUGCUAGAAACUGCAAACAACAUAAUCUGUAGGUGUAUAUUUGGAAGGAAGUAUGAUGGUGAUGGUUGCAGAUUUGGAGAACUUGGCAGGAGGAUAAUGGCUCAAGUUUUAGAUCUUAGUAUAGGAGAUUUGUUUCCUUUGUUGGGUUGGGUUGAUGUUCUCACUGGCCAAAUUAAAAAUUUUAAGGCCACUUUUGAAGAAAUGAAUGAUUUCUUUGAUAGUGUAAUUGUCGAGCAUAAGAUGGCUACGAGGGACCCCAACAAGAAAGAUUUCCUCGACAUUCUCCUUCAACUUCAGGAUGAUGGUCGUUCAGAGUUAGACCUCACACAGAAUGACUUAAAAGCACUGUUAAUGGACAUGUUUUUAGCAGGAAGUGACACAACUUCAACUACAGUAGAAUGGGCUAUGGCAGAGCUUGUAAAAAAUCCAGCCAUAAUGAAGAAAGCACAGGAGGAGGUAAGGAGAAUUGUAGGGAAUAAAUCAAAAAUAGAGGAUAGUGAUGUCAAUCAAAUGGAGUACAUGAUAUGUGUAAUUAAAGAAACUUUGAGGAUGCAUCCAGCUGCUCCUCUUUUGGCUCCUAGAAAAACAACAUCUAGUGUUAAACUCGGUGGGUAUGAUAUUCCUGAUAAAACAAUGGUAUAUGUCAACACAUGGGCAAUCCAUAGGGACCCUGAAUUUUGGGAAAUGCCAGAAGAGUUUCUACCUGAGAGAUUUGAAAACAACAAAGUUGAUUUCAAUGGUCAAAACUUUCAAUUUAUCCCGUUCGGUUCUGGGAGAAGAAAAUGCCCUGGUAUGGCGUUUGGGCUUGCUUCCACCGAGUAUAUGCUUGCUAAUCUUUUGUAUUGGUUUGAUUGGAAGCUAGCUCCAAAUGGCGAAUCUCUUCAAGACAUAGACAUGACUGAGAAAUUUGGGAUCACAGUCAACAAGAAAGUUCCUCUGUGUCUCCAACCAAUAGCAUACAAUAAUUUCGAAGAAUAA